AUGCUUAAUAAAUUAUUUGGGGGAGGAGGGGGAAAUUCUUCUUCUUCUUCUUCAACAACUUCUGCUUCUUUAAUUAGUCCAAUUACAGCAGCCGCUGUUUGUAUGUUUCAACAACAACAACAGCAACAACCAUUAAUUCAACCAAUGCCUGUAGAAAUUCCUCGACAAUCAGAGGAAAAACAACACCAACAAACACAUUUUGGUCUUCUCUCUACAAUAUCACCAGAAUAUGAUUCUGCUGCUUCUGCCCCAAGUGUUGGCCCUACACAAGGGGAGAUUAUUAAUUACUGCGGGUCAACAUCGUCAUUAACUGGACAGGAAGAUCAAUUAUCAACUAAAAAAGGAGAAUUACUAACUUCUUCCUUUUCUGGCCAUCAUUUUACUUCAACAGACCGCCAAUUAUUUUCUCAAGCAGUGAUGAAUUUUUGUUCUCAAGAUUUGUUAAAAUGGGAAAUUGUUGAAGGGGAAGGGUUUCAAAAUUUGGUUGAAACUUUACUUUUUAUUGGACGCCGAUCAUCUACGGGUAUUUCUUCUACUUCAACAACAAUUAAACAACAAUUUGAUCCAAUAAAAAGGCAAUUAAUUCAAACAGGAAAUCAAAUGAAAAAAAUAUUUUUAUCCCAAGAAAAGGCUAUUUUUCAAUCAACUAAAAAUGACCUUGAACAAAUUAAAAAUGUUGGAAUUUCAUUAAAUUGUCAUCAAAUAGAAUUUGGAGGGGAAAUACAAUUAGUUAUUUCAAUUAAUUAUAUAACUGAUGAUUGGAGAAUUACUCAAAGAAUUCUUAAAGUUCAAAGUUUAAAAGAAUUAAAGACUAAUUAUUGUAACAAUCAACAACACCAACAAACAACAUCAACAACAAUAACAUUUCAAAUAUUUUGUCAAUUUAUUUUGGAUAUUUUAAAAGAAUUUAAAUUAGAUAAAAGUCCUUUAAUAACAAUUACAAUUGAAGAAAAUAUUAAAAUUUUUGAUAAUGAGGAAGAGGAGAAAGAAAUGUUUAAAACAAAAUUAUUAACUAAUUUUUCUUCAAAAAAUAUCACUCCUCCAAAUUUAUUUUUUAAUUUAAAAGAAGAAUUAAAUAAUAUUUUAAUUAAAUGCUUAAAUAACCAACAAUUAAUUAUUAAAUUAAUUAAUUUAUUUAUUCGAAUAAUUGAAGUUUUGGCUAAAUCAGAUUUUGGGUGUGGACAGUUUUUGGAAUUGGAAAAUUUGGAAAAACAAAUAAAGCAACAAACAACUAAAACAAAAUUUGAUUUUACAAAUAUUAUUUACCCUUCAAUAAAAUUUAUUCGGGAGCAUUGUGCUGAUAUUUUAACAUUUUUGGAGGAAGAAAAAAUUGAAAAUGAAGAGGAAGGAGGAGGAGAAAAAGGAGAAAAUAUAAAUUUAUUUAAAGAAUUUAGUGAAAUUAAUUGGCAAAUAAUUUAUGAAUUGGAAACUUUUUUGGAGCCUUUUUAUGAAACUUCUCAAAUAUUUUUAGAUUUAAAUAAACCACAUUUCCAUAAGAUUUUGCCUGAAUUGUUUGCUUUAAUACAUGAAUGUCAACAAUCAACAAUUAAAGAAGAAGAAAAAGAAGAAGGAAUAUUCUCUUUAUCUUCUGUUCGCCUUUCUGCUACUUUAUAUUUAAAAGAAUGGGCUAAUAAAAAUAUUUGUUUAGAACAUCGAGUUGCGACAGCAUUAAAUCCUCGUCUUCGUCAUUUACCCUUAAUUUGUUCAGAUUCUGAGCGUUUGUCUGUUUAUGAAAAAAUUCGUGAAAUGGCUAAUUUAGACAAAAAACCGAAAGAAUCUAUAAAAAAGGAAGAACAUCAACAACAACCUUUUUGUAAAAGACGGCGAUUUUUGGAUCAAUUAGAAGGUUGUUCUUUACAAGAAGUAAAAGAAGAGGAUGAAUUAGAUUGUUAUUUAAAAGCAACAUUUACGUCUUCACAAACUAGUGAUAUUCUUGAAUUUUGGUCUUCAAUUGGAGAAGAACAAUUCCCUCAUUUAGCAAAACUUGCACGUUUUCUUUUGGGUAUUUCUGUUGCUUCUUUACCUUUAAUAAAUAAAAAAGGAGGGAUAAAUGGUGGAUUAAGUUCUGAAGAAAUUGGAAUUUUGUUAAAUUUAAGACCAAAUAUUUUAAAUUCUGUAAAUCACCAAUUGUUGUCUCGUUAUAAACAACAAUAAAUGUUUUUGAGUUAGUUACUCAAGUUAAAACGUUCAGCAACGAGUCCUUUCUCCUUUUUUGGCCGUUUGCUGUUCAUAAUUUGUAUAUCCCUAUAAUGGGAUGAAAUUCUCUUUUCUUUUUUUUCUCUUUUUUUAAAUCUCCAAAUUUAUUUAUUUAAAAAAGUUUUUUUUGCAAUUCUUUUGUUCAUUUUCUUUUUUUUCUUAAAUAAAUACUUAAAAAGUGCAUAUAUUUUUUUUCCUUCCAAAUUCGCGCAUAUAUUUUAUUUUAAAUAAACUGUAAUAAAAUAAUUGUUGCAAUGAAAACCAAAAAAAUAUUUUUAGAAAAGGCAUUUUUCUUUUUUUUUCUUUUUUUUUAAUUAUUAAAUAAAUACAUUUAAUUAAUUAAUAAUUUUGAUUUUUUUUGAAUUAAAUUUUCUGUAAAUGUAUUUAUUUAUUUUAUUUUUUUUUCUUUUUCUUAUUUUAAUUCCAGGUAACCACAAAAUCCCAUAGAACAAUUACUAUACUAUAUAUAUUUUUUGUAUUUGUAUUAUUUAGUAUAUAUUUUAACACUCUCAAUUACCGCAUUAUUCAAAAAUAAAUUUAUUUAUUUAUAAUUAAAUGGGGAAAAAUAUUAAUUAGUUAAUUUAUCUUAAGGAAAACUCUGAUUUGUGAGACACAAAAAUAGUAGGAAGGGUCCAUAAAGUCCUCAAAUUAUAAAUAAAUAAAUUUAUGUAAAAGUAAUUAUUUAUGUUGUGAUUUUUAAAUGUUUUUCUUUCCUUUUUUUACUUGUAAUUCUUUCCUUAUUCUCAACUUUUUGUCGAUAGUUUUUUAGAGACCGGCUUGAUGUCCAUUUUUUAACCGAAAAAACCACAAACUUUAAUCCUUUCUUGUGUCUCGAUUAAUCGAACAGAGUGGCAUCUUUCAUCGAAUAAUAUACAUAUACUAGUUUUGAACUUAUUUCAAUAUUUUGAAUAUACUAAUAAACUUCAGAUUUAAAAUUUCGAUUUUUUUAUAUUUAACCGACAAAUACAGACCGAUGCUUCCGGCCAGUCUCUUUUUCAAAAAUAAGCACAAUUUUAAAUAAAAAGAAAUAUUUUUAAAGUAAAUUGAAAAUAUUUUGUUU